CGCUGCGGGGUAGAGAUGAGUGAGUCUGCGGAGUGUGGAAUUGGGGGGUUGUUGGGAGCUGAGAGUUGUGGUGGUGUUGGCAGCAGCGUCGUCUUUGAGGCAUGGAUUCUGGGACCGAGGAGGGCUCGGAAUCUGUGGAAUGAAGAAGGGCUAAAUAGAUGGAUGAAGGCUCCCGGUGGUGGGCCUGCCCGGGAGAGUUGAGGCUUGUCGUGAGGUGCUUUGUUGAAUACUUAGCGAAGGUUUACUGUUUCGGAGAAAUGGUAUGGUGCUGCAUGGAAAUGAGGUGAAGGGAAACAAAUUUUUGCAGUGGAGUAGAAGUAAGAGGUCGCAAAAUCCAGAGAGAGACAGAGACAGGGAGAGAGUGAAAGAGAGAGAGAGAGAAGGAGACGGGAAGAGGAGACCUGGAAUAAGGCAGUGAGACAAGGUUCCACUGGCUUUUUGCUUCCUUGAGCUUCCAUUUCUCGGAGACUCGUGGAGAAACCUCUCUCGAUUGUGCAUUCUACUCAACCCCGUUUUGUUUUUUUCUUACGACUUUGCUGCGUCCUCGCUUCCUUGUAAACCAAGUCUCACGAAUUUAGGCCCACUGUCUCAAUUUCUAGGAUUUAUUUUAUUAUUUCAAAAAAAAUCGCUGCUUAUGCACACGGAAGUGCCUUAUUUGCCUUCCCUGGAGCCACUGACACCUCACACGGUUGCCAAAACCCUUGCAAUUCAUUCUCCUACCCGCGGACGGGGAAGAACUCGGCACUGGAGAAUCUCCGGUGAUUUUUGUCACCAUAGCUUUUGGUAAUUGGGGUUUUUUUUUUUUUUUUUUUUUUUUUUUUUUCCCCCCCUUCUAUACAGCCUUGUGGAGGUGUCGGAGCUGGGCUCUCCGGAAGCUGGUGUUAGUCUUCUUGCCAGGGUUUCUCUUGCUCGCGCUGUCUCGAAAUUGAGAACAGAGAUUUACAGGAACUGCAACUUGAGGACUUCUGAGGAAGGACACGAGGUUUUUAGCCUACUCUUGCUUACAUUUAUUCUUGCAAUCGGGGCACAGUGCUUACUUCACCAGGGCUGUGCCGAGCUGGAGAUGUCUUUUGGGGAGGUGGUGGAUCACGAAGAUAUCAAUUCCUAGUUAGAGCGCAUGCGAACUGACUUUUACCAAGGCUCCUACCUCAUCAGUAUAUGUGGUUGUUUGGUGUCGCCGUCUCGGUAUUUCUCUGGCACCAUCGUGGAAGGGCAGGGUAUACGUAGAUGGGUAGGGUUUUGGUCAAGGCUUGAGCGGGCAAUUGAUCUUUGCUGAGCCAAUUGAGGACAUAGACCUUGUUCUAAGUUAACAGUUAGAAGUAUACAACUGAGGAUCUUCUGCACAUGUAGUUUUCAAGAUCUAAAGUUGGCAUACCAAUUCAUGACAUGCUUAAAUUUGGGCACAACAUUGGAACCUGAAACUGGCAGCAGCGAAUGACGAGAGACUGCAUGGUGCUUGAAAACAUAGGCUUUUGUACAUAGGCUGACUGUCAACGAAGUCCAUGGGAAAACAAGGACCUUGUGGCCAUUGUGGCAUUGCCACGACUCCUUUGUGGAGAAAUGGGCCUCCAGAGAAGCCUGUCCUGUGCAACGCCUGUGGCUCCAGAUGGCGUACGAAAGGAACUCUGUCCAACUAUAUGCCUAUGCAUUCUGGUGGAUUUGGAGGCUCUGCGAUUCCUGAGGGGUCAGCACUAGUGCGUGGGAGAAGGAACAGUAAGAAGUUAUUUUCUGAGCCCCGUUCACACAAGAGAAAAGAGCCAUGUGAGGGACACCGAGAGACCAGGGCUCCACUUCGUUUACAAAAGCGGUCCUUGAAAGCUGCUGGAAAUGACUCAAUCUCAACCUCAAGUUUAAGUUCCAACGUGUCAGGAUUAGACGACGCUGCCAAUAUCACCAGCUCAAACACUCACCUUGAUGUCGCAGUCUCGAGUCCAUUCUGGGAAGGCCAUAUUCCCACAAGGCGACGGACAUCCACGUCAAGAGUGUGCACUUCAGUCGACAGGCUUAGCCAGCAGUUCCAGCAGGUUGUGUGUGAUGUUCCAACAACCAGCUCUACAAUGAUGCAUGAUUUUGCAGAUGAUCUACUGGUGGAUAGCAAGCCCUCCACAAUGGCUGAUGAGAUAGGCUUGGGCAGUGUAUUUAUUCGGCAAACUACAUUAGGUGUGGAUAAAACUGAGAGUCGCUCACACUCAGUUGAGGACCCAUAUCACACUCGUGUUCAAAAUAAUGGUGCUCCACUUCAGCAGCUCCCUAAUGGUACUGAACGUCUGACAUCUGUACGUGGGAAGGAGAAGGCAAAGGAGUACAAGAAGGUGGAUAGUGGACACCUCAAAGCUACUAAUACACUCUUAGAGAAUUACCCUUACAACAAGCGAGAUGUUCUCCAAAGCUGUCAGUCACCACUGGCAUUUCUUGAAUUGAAGGACAUACUUAAUUUUGACACAUUUACUGGACUCCUCACGGAGCAAGAGCAGGGACAGCUUAUGAGAUUUCUGUCCUCUGUGGAUGUUCCUGAAGCUUCAGAAAGUUUGAAGGAAAUGUUUACAAGUGCCGAGUUUGAAGGAUCCUUGAACAAUUUUCAACAUUUGCUGGAAGAGGGCAUGUUUGAGGUGUCCAUGCUGGGAGUGAAUUCGCGCAUCCUUCAGCAUUUCCAGCAGCUUCUUAUUCAGACGGACCUCACAAGCUCUGGCUGGAUGGAACAAUUCUUGCAACUGCAAAACCGUAGUAGACGGCGGGGUGGAUCAGUUGAUCUCAAUAAGAUUAAGGAACUCAACAAAGAGAAAGUGAAGGGCUCUUGGUUAUCUCAUACGAAGAAUACCCCUGCAAACAACAAGCAGUCUCCAGGUAGGUUGCCGAGCCAAUCUGGAAUAAGUGUACAAAGUGGAGGCCUCAUGAAUGCCAGCGUUUCUUCUGGGAUAAUCUUGGAAACUCUGAACGUCGCACCAGAUUUAGGAAACUCUUCAAACGACAGAGGUUAUGGGUUUGAGGGAGGCGGAGAUUGCUUCCCCAGCAUCAGUCUCUUGUCGACAGAGCAAAUGUCAGCAAACGAUCUGCCGAAUCUUCAACCCCCUGGACCAGAUGAAACCGAAACCGAUCUGCUCUUCAACAUGCCCACUAACAUGAUGACCUUCCAGGACACGGCCCUUCUUCAGCAGCCUGUGUGGUCAAAAGCCAAAGAGAUCGACACCUACCAGGUGGACAUGGGUAGCCCUCUCACCAGUAACAUGUGGCACAUGGAAAGCACCCCUGCCGAGCUUUUUUGGACUUGAUUUGUACCGGACUCUCCCCAGUGGCUGUGUUUUUAAAUCCAGAACCCCAUGCUUCCAUGAAGAAGAUGUUUCAUUGAAGACCAGAAAGAAGAAUUAAAAAGAAAAACAAUACAAAAACAAACUAUACUGUAAAACAAAAAAUCAUAACAAAAAAAAAAAAAAAAAAAAAAAAAGUCUUACUGUUUUGUGGCUUUAUCUGCAUUAACUUCUCCCGGUUCCUUUAAAAAAAUCAGUUUUUUUAAUUUAUUAUUUUAAAAUUCAUUUUUUUUUUUAAAAUCUUUGAAAACCCUGUAAGAAGAGGGGGCUUAUACUCCAUACAUGAAUUCCCCUUCGAGAGUGUACUUUAGUCAUCAGAUCAGGUGUACAGUUAUCUUUUGGGUUUGUUUUGAUCACCUCGAGUGUUGGCGAUUUUCCCCUAUUGGACAAUUAUUUGAGUCUUAGUUCCUGUCAAUGACUCAAGUGUUGCAAUCAUACACUGAUUUUUCCCCAUUUGCAGAAUUGGUU